UCAAAGAUGGCGGCGUCCAGGAGUGAUGCCACGUCCCUCCCAACCUUCGAUGGGGUGGAAAAUCUCAUUACUAUGACCGAUAUUCAGAAGGCUUUUGACGAAUUAUGCGUAGAAGAGGAGAGUAUGAAUGGAGAGUUGGACAAUCUUUUGGAGCAUCAAACAGCUCUAGAAAAUAAAAUGAGUGGUCUUCAUAAGAUCCUACCUAAUCUCCAAAUCUUGGAGACAGAUUCCAAACAACUAUCAAGCAUGGUUUCCUUCACCUCAACCCUUGCUGAAAAUGUUAGCAGUAAAGUGCGACAGUUGGAUGUAGCUAAGAGUCAAGUAACAGCUUGCAUUACUCGAGUAGAAGACAUUCUAGAUCUGAAGUUUUGUACCGACGGUGUUCAGACAGCUCUACAAAACGAAGACUAUGAAAAGGCAACAGGUCAUGUGCAUAGGUUUAGGAGUCUCGAUGAAAACAUUCUUAGAAUGUCAGAGGAAUCAGGAGAAGGAAGCACACUGGACUCGUCCUUCAGACUUCUACAGGAAGCGGAGGAAAAGCUGAAAUCCAUCGUCAACACCAAGUUUGACGCAGCUGUCCAUUCCGGGGAUUUCGCCUCCAUAGAACGAUUCUUCAAGAUCUUUCCUCUGAUUGGUUUGCAUGAGGAGGGACUAACCAAAUUUGGAAAGUUCCUGUCUUCGCAGAUAGCUGAGAAGAGCAGGGGGAAUUUAAUGAUUGCAGAGUCAGUGACCCAUAAAGACAAAAACGCCAAUGUGAUUUACGCAGAAACAGCCACACAGCUCUUUGAGAGCAUUGCAAACAUAAUAGAAGUUCGACAACCAUUAAUAGAAACCUAUUUUGGCUCAGGGAAACUUUUUUCAUUGAUGAAAAUCCUCCAAAAGGAAUGUGAUAGACAAGUCAGACAGAUUUUAGAAAAAUUCAAAUUAAAACGAGACUUCGAUGCAGUGGUACAGCAAGUCCAACAAAAUGCUGUCUUUCAUCGUCCAAGUGCAACAGAAAAAUUUGAUCCCAAAGUAUUAGAUGUCUUGUUAUCGGAAGUGGUCUUGCUAAAUACCAGAACAGAACUCUUUUUACGAUUUUUUCGAAGAAGAGCUGUUGGGGAUAUGGAGUCUGCCUAUAGUAAUGAUGAUCUUAAAGAGAAAAUUAAGGAAAUAGACAAAUUCAUCUCAAAUUGUGAUUUAAACCGCCUAAUGCAGGAGUUAAUAGGAAAUUACAUCAUGAUGGAAGAAUUUUUUAUGAGGGAAAUGGUCUUAAAGGCUGUCUCCAUGGAUACAGUGGAAGAGUCCUCACACACGUCCAGUAUGGUGGAUGAUUCUUUUUACAUAGUAAAGAAAUGUGUUAGGAGGGCAGUAUCAAGCUCCAGCGUGGAUGGGAUUUGUGCAAUGUUGAAUCAUGCCAGCACCGUGCUAGAACAGGACUUCAGAGAAGUGCUGUUUUCCCGGGUGCGGGCGGGGUUCCCCUCCGGUUUCGAUCUUACCCAAGCCUAUAACAUGGUGCAGUCCAGCAUACAGCAAGGGAAGCUACAGAGUUCAGACCAGGAGAAGGCCAAAACAACAUUUCUUGUUGCAAUGAAUAAUGCAGAAGUCAGCUGUGAAUAUUGCAAAUCUUUGAAAUCCAACAUUGAGGAGGAAGUGCGGAGAUCAUUCAGUAAAAGUUCUGAGCAGAGCAAAGCCAAAUUACAGAGCUGUGUGACAGAUCUGGGAAAUGUGGCGGUGCGGUUAAAAGAGGUGGUGGAUUUUGGAGUGUCCCAGCUCAGAAGUAGUGCCAUCAAACCGCGGAUAAAACCGCUCACAGACACCUUCCUGUCCACUAGUCACAACAUCUCAGAAGAUGAUUUUUCAAAUUAUGAGGCAAAUGAUCCAUGGGUUCAGAAUUAUAUUCUGCAAAUUGACAAUAUGAUGGCCACAUUCAAAAGUGCUCUCUCCACCGAAAACUAUGACACAUUUGUGAGUCAAGUGACGACAGAAGUGACAUUUCAGUUAGAGAAGGCUGUACUAAAGACAAGUUUCAACAGACUGGGAGGUUUACAGUUUGACAAAGAGUUGCGUGCCCUUGUUGGAUACCUCUCCUCAGUGACAACAUGGACAAUCAGAGAUAAGUUUGCCCGACUGACGCAAAUGGCAACCAUUCUCAACCUAGAGAGAGUUAAUGAGCUUCUAGAUUACUGGGGGCCAAAUUCUGGACCUCUGACCUGGAGAUUGACCCCAACAGAGGUCAGAAAUAUUCUCUCCUUGAGGGUGGAUUUCAGAUCUGAAGAAAUCAAGAAACUCAAAUUAUAAACUAGGGCAGCUGUGAUAAAAAACAAUUCUGUGUUCAGUGAUUGAUCUUUGUUUAAAGGAAGAAUUUUUUCUUUAAUGUGAUGAAUACCAUGCCUUCAUCAUAAUAUGACCAGAGAGAGAGAGAGAGAGAGAGAGAGAGAGAGAGAGAGAGAGAGAGAGAGAGAGAGAGAGAGAGAUUGUUGACCUGUUAAUGAGAAUGUUUGUGGUUGAGUUUUGUUGAUUUUUUUGUGAAUGUAUGUUAUUCUUCUUUAAUUUAUAUAAUGGUAUGUAAAUUAUUAUGGUUAUAUUUUAAUUGUAAAUCAAUAUUGAGUUUACAAGUCGAUGACGCAGGGUUUUAGAAUUGGCCUUUUGUGUGUGUUCUAGAAUGGCGGAAAUGUAUGGUAUAUGAUACACAUGUAUCUCAAGUUGUGAAAAAAUUGUAGAUUCCUGACCCCCCAAAAAGUGCAUUUUAUUGUUUAAAUUGCUCAUAUGGUAACAGCAGUUUUAUAUAUUAAAUUUUUUACCCUAUGAGAUUGAUAAAUAAUCAGCAAGUCUGUAAAACAUAUCAGUGUACAUACAUGUAGCUCAUGUAUAAAAUGCUUUAAAAGUAUUAUGAAUGAUAAUAAUUGAAAACUUGUAACUUGCCAUAAUGUCUGAACUAUUUUCUUAGUAUUAUUGAAAUGCAUCCUCACACAUUCAGCAUACUUUGCAAGGCAAUAUGACAAUUGCCUUCGCCUUUUAGAAAGGAAUAAUAGCUAAUCUUCCUUGAUUUUGCUUAUAAUUUGAACUGCCAUUGAAACCAUCAAAUUUAAUGAUUUUUAUCUACUAUACAUAGGGAUACGGCUUUUUACAAUGCAUCCACAAUCAUUUUUUAAAGUGUCUGUUUUGAUGAGGACAUGACACUGACUUUUCAGAUCCUGAGAAUUAUCUCCUUAAAUGACUUCUUACACUUGGUGUCUUACAGUAUGGUACUUCUUCUUUAUGAUGUACAUACUUGUUAAGUAUUGAGGGGGGUGUUUGAAAUAUCAUAAAUGUCAUCAAUAAAAAAAAAGUCCUGUUGACAUUAAAACAGCUGUGAAAUUGGUAAACUUCAGUGGGUAUGCCUUACCCCAAGGAAUUUAUGUCCUAAUGAUCCUAGGUACUUUCUUUUUGUUUUGUACUUGAAUUGUGAUUUAUUAUAGCCCUGCUCCAAAGGAGAGGGGGGUAUGUUGUUAUAUUCAAGAAGAAUAGGUAGGGACUAAAUAAUUGCAUUCCCAUACCAUUCAUUAUGGACAAAUCCUGGGAGGUAGUACUCGUGAAUUUGAAUGUUUUCACAGUGCUAUGUGAUGAAAAUAAGGGACCAGUCUUGAAUUUGAGAAGACAAUCCGGUAUACACUGACUUGUAUUAUAAUAAGAUAUGAUUGAGGCAAUCAACUUUUUCUGAAAAAUAACAAAUGUUUGAAUGAAGUUGGGACAAACAAUAUUUAAUAUUUUAUUUAUUGCAUGCUUAUGUACUCGUUUCAAACAAUGCAUUUUUCAAUGAUUAGGGAAUUUCAACUAUACAAUAAAUCAGAAAGAAUAUAA